AUGUCUUUGGUUUUUAUGUUUUCCUCACACAAAUAUAUCUUGUGGCUUGGAAUUUAGCGCAGGACUAAUAUUGACCACUUUCUGAUACUUUUAUGAUGCUUUUGCGUGUUUUUUGAAAGCCAAGUUCAUUAUAAUUGCAUGCAAAACACGAGAGUACGUCACUGAAAUAAUAUUUAAUCCGAGGGAAGCGAUUAGCAGCUGAUUCAUCUGUGUCUUAUCUGUCAGGAAUAUUUAGUGCCAGUGGAGAUUCAGGAGUCACUGAAAUUGUGAAAUAUGGUGGCACUGUAUUGGAUGAGGCUACAGAAUGGAUCAGAACCCAAGUGAGCUACUUAUUCCACUUAUUUGAAGACAUCUUGGAUGUAGCAAUAAUUUAUCCAGGGGACAUUGCCACUGAAGCAGUUCUGCAAAUUUUAAGUGGGAUCAAGACCUUGAAGCUUGGUUUCCCAAAAUGAGCACUGAUCCCGCAGAACUGGCUGAAAUUGUUGUAGAGGAGGCCACAGACAUAAAGACCACUGUCUCUAAUUACCUAACCAGUCUGUUUGCAGUGGAUGAAGGUGGUAUUCCUGACAUUAGCUUUGAUCCCAUGAAAGUUGUCACAGACACUGUUGAGGAGUUUGCUGACAGGAGGGAUAUGCUCUUGACCUAUCUCUCAAACAUGCUCAUGGAAGACAAAGAUGACACACCGCAAGUGAUAAGACGAAAACGAGAAUUUCUGCCCCCUAUGGAAAAAGUUUUUGAACAAGUGAAAGAAGCCAAAGAGAAAAAACCUAGAGAGGAGAUACACAAAAUCAUUCAAGAUAUGAGGGAAAAGAAGGCUGAAGGUGAAGAGGAAGAGAUAACACUACAUCAAAUACACAUAACAGUAGAAAAGGUCAAGGAAAAAAAAGAACACGAGAAAAAGGAGAUGGAAAAGGCUAAAAGAAAAGAAAAAUCCAAGGAGGACAAGACUCGAGAACCAACAGAUGUUACUCAGAAGUUGGUCAAAGCCGAAGAUCUUGGAUGUAUAUUAUGCAUCUAUAACAGCCAGUUUACCGCCAACUCUUGUUUCUAUUGGAUCAUAGAUGUUGAGAUGACCAAGGACAAAACCAAAGCAGUACCUGUAAAGAAAGAAGCUCAAGUGGCCAAAAAAGAGACCAAACCAGCACCAUCUAAGAAAGAGCCUCGCGUUACAAAAGAAAAGGCCAAACCAGCUCGUUCAAAGAAAGAGCCUGAUGUUUCUAAGGAGAAAGAAAAACCACCAACUGCAAAGAAAGAAAAGCCAACAACCGCUACUGUUAAAAAAGAGCCUGCAGUUGCAAAAGAGAAAGUCAAACCAGUGCCUUCAAAGAAAAAUACUGAAGCUACUAAGGAGAGAGUGAAACCAGCCCCACUUAAGAAAGAGUCUGAGGUUUCCAAAGAAAAAGCCAAGCCAGAACCUUUAAAGAAAGAGGCUGAAGCUGUUGAAGAGAAGGCAAAACCAGCACCAGCUAAAAAAGAGCCUGCAAUUAUUAAAGAGAAGGAGAAACCUCCAAAGAAAGAAACUGUAAAAGAAAAGCCCAAACCUGCUUCUGUAAAGAAAGAACCUGAAGUUCCAAAAGAGAAAGCAAAACUUGAACCUUCCAAAAAAGAGGCAGAAGUUGCCAAAGACAAGCAUAAAUCUGUCGCUGUGAAGAAAGGUAUGGAUAAGUCUGUGAUUACGGUAUAUUUCCUUAAAAAAGGAACAGGAUAUGUUAAACCAAACCUGGAUAUCUGGGAGAAUGAUUUUAAUUAUAAUUGAAAUAAUAAUUUGUACAAUUACAUAUAUUAAUAACAAUUAGAUAUUCAAGCAAACAUAAUCGUAUGAAAUUAUAUCUGAAUGUUUUGCAGAACCUGCUGUUGCAGUUGAAAAGGAAAACCAAAACCUGCACCAA